UGCUUCUCUAAAUUAUUGUACUCGUUUGCUUUCUUUUUCAACACUCAUUUGCAGUCACCACAGAAAAAUAUGUAAAAAGAUAAAAUAAAUAAAGUUUAGAUUCACAUCUUUCGAUUCUUACUGGCCUUCAUUGCUGGUUAUAUCUAUCUCUAUAUAUACAUGUAUAUUUACCUUCUCUCUUUCCUCUCCAUAAAGAAACAUAGAAAGUAAUUGUUUUUCCCGCUUCUCUACUCGGAUGCCCCAGAUUAGUAUCUCUCUCUCCUUUAAUCCACUCAACGGGGUCAUCUUAGCUUUCUUUCUCCACCCUUUUGGAGCCACCCUUUGAUUCGAUCAUCUUAUUUUAAUAAUUUUUUUUGUUUUUUUGGAGUGGUGGGGAGCUUAGAUUUGCCAGAGUGGUAUAAAGUCUUAAACUUUCUUGAGCUUAUUAACUUCCAUUCAGCUCAAAGUUGGGAAUUUUCAUAUGGGGUUUGCUUUUUCUUCUCUGAGUCUAUAGUUUAUACCUGUUUGGUAUCAGAUUUCUCAUUCUUUUUCCAAGAUUCUCUCCGAUUCUGAAAGUGGGUCUGUUUUUUCUUUAGAUUCUUUAGUUUAUGCUAUUAGGCAAAGGAGAUUCCUGAUUCCCAUUAAAAUAUUCUGAAUUCAAUGCUUUUAAAAACAAUUGUUCAAGCUUCAACUUUUUUCUGCCUUUACUCUCACCUCUCCUUUUCUCUCUGGCCAAACUUUAACCAAUUCUGAAAUGACUUUCUGAGAUUAUAAUUUACUCAUUUAGCAUGGAAACUCUACACCCAACUUCGUUUAUAUCGACUUCGAGUUGGCUUUUCCAAGGAAGCCAAAGUUCGGAAUGGACUAAAGAAGAGAACAAGGAGUUUGAGAGGGCUCUAGCUAUAUAUGAUGAAACGACACCGAAUCGAUGGGCAAAGGUGGCUGCAAUGAUCCCAGGAAAGUCAGUGUAUGAUGUGAUUAAGCAGUACAAGGAUCUAGAAGAUGAUGUUAGUGAUAUAGAAGCUGGGAGGGUCCCAAUUCCUGGGUACCUUGCUUCUCCUUUUCCAUUUGAGUUGGUUGAUGAUCGUGAUUGUUUUAGAAAGAGGCCUCCCUCAUCAGCUCGAGGUUCUGACCACGAAAGAAAAAAGGGUGUUCCUUGGACCAAAGAUGAGCACACGAGAUUUUUGCUGGGGCUGAUGAAAUAUGGUAAAGGGGAUUGGAGAAAUAUCUCAAGGAAUUUCGUUAUCACUAAGACCCCAACACAAGUGGCUAGUCAUGCACAAAAGUAUUAUUUAAGGCAGCAUUCAGGAGGGAAAGAUAAAAGGAGACCAAGUAUACAUGAUUUCACUACUUAUAAUCUCACUGAAACCACUACUACUUCAGAAAACAACACUGCAUCUUUCUUGGACCACUCCUCUGUGAUCCCAUCACUACAGAUUUCUGCUGAAGAAGCACAAAAGGUAUUACGUGACUGGAAUAUUCCUAGUGAUGAAGAAGCACUCAUGGCUUUGGGCUCUGCUUGUGGCAAUCUAUUCAUGUCUUCUUCUUCACCAUAUGAUAUUGCCCCCAAUGGACUUAAAUUGCCUUUAGGCCAAAAUCUAUUUGGUGGUGGCGCUUGUUAUGCAGCUCAUUCAAAGCCACAAGCUUCGAUUUUUGAAGUGCAAACCUCCAGAUAUUAAAUCACGUGGAUCAAACGAAAGAAAGCACUUUAGUAGCCAGUCACCCCUCUCUGUUUUGUAUUUAUGAAAAUAGAAUUUGUCAUCUGAAAAAAAAGUGUUAUAUUGUAAUUUCGGUUGUCAGUAACUCUUGUCAUAUGAUUCUGUAUGAAGUAGAAAGUUGUUGAACAAUCAAAAGUUGAUGAAAUUUGAUAAUGUUCUAAUGUAAUUGUCUCUGAAGAAAAACCAUGAAAUUGAAUUCAAAA